GCGGAGUGUCCAACCGGGACCUUAGACGGAGGACCGGCGGGUCUGGGGGUUCGGCGGACAGUCAGUGAGCGUAAAGCCAGCUCCUCCUCCUCCCCAUCCUCCUCCUCCUCAGCUGCCGUUACGCACACGCAUCUUCAGGCAUGAGCCCAAACAAGAUCUAAACUAGCUGCUGUACAACGGAAAGUGCUACCCUCACACCUCCGGCGGGACUUUAUUCCGUUUUUUAUUAUUAUUUUCUAUUACUAAUCUUUUGUCUGUGACAGGCGCAAGUAGGUUAAAACAGCUGCUGAGAGAAUCAACUUGGACUGUUGGUCUUUCAAGAGGAGAACCAUCCCUCUCAAGCUUUUUUUUUUAUUGUUGUAUUUUUCCUUGCGUGAUGCUGUAAAAGCUUCUUCCCAGAGUUGCACAGAACAAGCAGGAUAAGUGUGCCAGUUCCCCUUCACAGAGCCGACAUCCUGAAUAUUCCUCCCAUCAAGGAGGAGGCUGAGAGCCGUACAGCGGGAGCUUCCGUAGUUGGUAUGUUUACUCCCAGCAAGUGGAUCAGAAGAUAUAGAAAAAGCAAUCUGUGAAAGCAAAAUAAAAAUAAAUCAUUCCUGAGAGAAAUUUGGUUUUAAUAAACGAAUCGGAAUCCACGCGGCUGUUAAUGAAUUAGUCAGAGCUUAUUAAUAAUGAGAACUGCAGAGAUUCGGAUGAUGGUUGCCAUUGGCAGAUGAGACGUAGUGUGGAGAACACGUGUCCAAUUUUUCCUUCAUUUUUUUUUAUCCCCGAACUGGAUUUCGUACUUGUCAUCGGCAGCGAGGAAAAGCCCGAAAACUGAGCGUCACCUCUGCGUUCCGGCGCAGGCUCUGUGCCUCUGAUGGACAUCUUGGCGUGCAGAUCCGAAGAGAACAGUUACAACAUCCUCCCGUCUGCGGCAACGAUGCUUUUCCAUGGCCUCCCCGGAGGCGAUGUGCACGGUGUGGUGGAAGAAAUGGAGCGGAGAGGAAAGGGCGAGUCAGCGGCCAUCAGCUCGGCCAUCGAUAUGGGAGAAUCGGAGACGGCCAUGCCCUGUGUGACCAGCGAGCGCGUGGCUCUGUGCGCGGGCUGCGGCAGGAAGAUCGCGGACCGGUACUACCUGCUGGCCGUAGACAAGCAGUGGCACAUGCGUUGCCUCAAGUGUUGCGAGUGCAAGCUCAACCUGGAGUCCGAGCUUACCUGCUUCAGCAAGGACGGCAGCAUCUACUGCAAGGAGGACUACUACAGAUUUUCGGUGCAGAGGUGCGCGCGCUGCCACCUGGGAAUCUCGGCCUCGGAGAUGGUGAUGCGCGCGCGGGACCUGGUCUACCACCUCAACUGCUUCACGUGCACCACGUGCAGCAAGAUGCUGACCACCGGGGACCACUUCGGCAUGAAGGACAGCCUGGUGUACUGCCGCCUGCACUUUGAGACUCUCAUUCAGGGAGAAUACCAGACUCACUUUAACCACGCGGACGUUGUGGCGCACAAAGGCCUGGGCCCGGCCAACGCGCUGGGAUUAUCCUACUUUAACGGCGUGGGCACGGUGCAGAAGGGCCGGCCCAGGAAGAGGAAGAGCCCGGGGCCUGGGGCCGAGCUAGCUGCAUACAACGCGGCGCUGAGCUGUAAUGAGAAUGACGGCGAGUCCAUAGACCGGGACUCUCAGUACAGCUCCAGUCAGAAGACCAAGCGGAUGCGAACAUCCUUCAAGCACCACCAGCUGCGGACAAUGAAGUCCUACUUCGCCAUCAACCACAACCCGGAUGCCAAGGACCUGAAGCAGCUUGCCCAGAAGACGGGCCUCACCAAGCGGGUCUUACAGGUAAUCCUCACAGCCUCUAAGGUCUAGGUACACACUUUCUGUAAUCAAACAGGAAAAGAAAUAUUAUAGCAAACUAGACUAAAAUGAUUCAUUGUUAUAUGGGUAAUUCUUCAAUCUCCUGUAUGUUUUACAAAGCAUUGUUCUCCACUUAAACAAUGUGAAGCUGGUUAAAGGUGAAAGUAAGAGAGCUGUUGACAUAAAUACAUCUACGGAUGCCUAAAUGUUGUUGAAAGCUGAUCGAGGUUUAUCUGAUGAGUUAACAAACCCUGACUUUCAAUGUCUUUGCUGAGCUCAAAUUCUGAUGGGAUCAAUGGGCUAAAAAUAUAUAUUCAUAUUUUAAUAUAUUUUUCUGGGCCACAAAAAGGCAACAACUGUGCAAGCUUAAACAACCAUAAAAACGUUAUCUAUGAAUGUCCAUGGUUUGGAGGGCAGUACUGUCUGGAACAAGGAGACUGGCACAGGGCAAAACCGUGAAGUUUAUUGACAAAAAACGUAGUCAUGGUUUUUGCUAGCGACCAUUUUUCUGGAAUAAAAUGCAAUAAAACUCUUUUAAAAUGAUAAUAAACGUGUCAAAAAUAUUUUAAAUUUCUGUAAAUUAAUAAAAAAGAGAUAAAAUCAUUGAUGAAAUCUGAUCAGAUGUAAUUUUAGUCUCGCUAAAAGGCGGAACAUGUUGGGGAAAAAAAGCCAAUGAGACUUAAUUUUCUUGAUCGCUUGGAGGUUUAGAUUUUUGACCAAACCCCAAUUCUUUAGUAAAAAAAGGCUAAAUUGACUAAAAUAAAUAAAAAAGCAUCAAAAUAAGUCCUGCUUCAGAUUUAGGAUUAUAGGAGAACCACAUUGACAGCUGAGCUACAGCUGCCACUCACACUCAGUACGCAUUGUUCAUCGUUUCCUUUGCAAAUCAAACUAUUUCCGAUAGGAAAAUGAAUGAGUCAAGAUUAAUUUAAGUGAUUGCUGUUCAUCAGUUGUCACCGAAAUUUUCUCAAGAAAAAAAAAA